ACUCUUUGCCGGUCGAUGUGCCAUCCAAAACUACAGUUGAACUUCCACUGGCAAGCUGCGACGGCACCGCUGGAGGAGGAGGAGGAGCUGACCGCAGCCGCGAACGGAAACGUGAACGGGAACACAGCCGCCGGCGAGGGUGUACUGGACGUCGACGUGGUGGAUGGCCAUCCGGCCUCCGUGCUCCAUAUGCGACAGCACCAGGCGCUCAAUACGCGCCCACCCGUCACGCCCCCAACGGCAGGGGGCGGUGGUCCGAUGGCCGGAGGAGGAGCUGGAGGGGUGGUGACCACUCCCAAGCAGGCCACUUCGCCGGUGGCUGCGGCCAGUUUCGAGGUGCCGCUUAGCGCUGGCAGUGCUGCCGCCUAUCACCACGCCUACAUGACCAACGUGCUGGCCAGCACCGCCCAUCAUCAUCAUCAGCAGCAGCAGCAGCAGCAGCAUUACCACCACCCACUUCCCGCCUCGCCGCUCCAGUCGACGGCCGGCGCUCGAUUCGGGGCCGCCGACAACCUGGACGACGUGAGCGCCAGCGCGGUGCGGGAGCUUUCGCAUCAGCUGCAGGCCCAGCUGCGGGACGCCAAGCGACGCCACCUGGCCUGCACCGAGGUCACGCUGCCCAACGACCUCACGCAGCGCAUCGCCGCCGAGAUCAUCCGGAUGUCGGAGCGGGAGCCGUGUGGCGAGCGGGCCUGCACACUCUUCAUUGAGUUCGAGAGCGAGCCGAAUAAUGUGAGGCGCAUUGCAUCCUUUAAGGUGGACCCGGACACGGUGUCGAUAUUUGAGUUGUACUUGACGUUGAGGCAGGACAAGAGCGGCUGGACCUCCCUGCUGCCGCAGUUUAUAAAAAACCUCACACGUAGCAAUACUAUCAACAUUAGUCCCGACUUCACGCUGACCAAGAAGAAGCUCUACUAAUCCCAGUGAGUCCCUCGACGGAGGAGCGGCAUGGAUGGCGAACCAGAAUAGCUGGGCUGCUCAGAACUCAAUCCCUCCGAACAACAACAGUAACAGCAGCAGAAACAACAAUAGCAGCAAUCGCAAUAGCAACAUCUAUCGGUCGUGCCCCCUUCGUCGCGAUCCCCCAGAUUCAUGAUCCUCAUUGCGGAAUACAGAGAAAGAGGUGAUGUUUAACCGUAGAGGCAAACUUUUGGACCACAAACUAUCAACUUACUCUUGCAAAUAACAAAUCAACUCAACGCUAAAGCAAAAACAAUUAUUUGGAACCUAAGCUCUAAAACAAAACCAAAAAACCAAAAUGAAAACAAAAACAAAUCAACUGCAGUUGCAGGCAACUCAAAACUCUUAUUGGACUGACUUUUUGGCUUAAACAAAAAAGGUACUUUUUGAAAAACGAAAAAAAUUGCAAAAAAAAGAAGUAUUGAAAACGAGGAGAGUGAGGAGAACAAACAAAACCAUAAGGAAUAUUCAAAAUAUUGUAAAACGUUAAGGCAGACAAGCAGAAGAAAACCUCACUCAGUGAACGGUGGUCGGUGAUCCGUUUUAAAUUGAACACAAGGUAACACCCCCCGGUCGGAAGAAUCGAGUAUUAACCCCAUUUGUAUGUAUGGAUGCGUGUACACCAUCACCAUGUAUCAUCAUCAUAAUCCAGGAAUCAAAUGUAGCUUAUAUGUUAUGUAUAACUUCAGUGCAUAAUGUAUAAUACAUGUUUUUUUGUCACGAUUCUAUUAGGCUAUUACUUCUAAACGCAUGCAUGCAUACAUAAAUCUAUAUACUGUAUUGAGAAAAGGAAAACUAACAAAUUUCUAUAUAUAUGAGAGCAAACAAUAAGAAUCGAAAGCGAUAAACCGAAGCAGAAAGAGGAAAGUUAAUAAUAACAAAUAUAAAAACAAAGUUGAUGUGAUAUUAUAUAAUAAUUAUGAAUAUUGAUAAACGCAUACACACUCACGAAAACACUCACAUACACAACAAAAAAACCGAUUGCAGAAUAUUUGGAAUAGAUUGGAAAUUAUUUCGAAAUUUGGUUCGAUCCCAGUUAUCUUAGAGAACAACAAAGC